AACGUGAAAUUUACCACUCUUCAAAUCUAUCCGCAAACCCUAGAAAACGAAACGUCUCGAGUUCUAGGCUUAAUCGACAGAGGACUCCAAUCUCUUUAGCCAUAGAUAUUGCUCCUAAGCGUCAACACCACUUUCACCUCAUAGGGUCCCCAGUUUGUGCUUCACUCUCACCUCAAUCACCAGAAGCAUUAAGAGAAGCAACAACUAUCUUAUUGUCUCGCUCAAAGCCUACAAUCCCAAUGUCCGGUAGAGGAGUGGGAGGAGGGAGGGAGAGGAUGCGGAAGGAAUACUCAUCGAGGUCGGAUGGGAUUUCGGGGGGGAGAGGGAUCAAUCCGCCGUCGAGGCACCUCUGGGUUGGUAAUCUAUCUCACAGCUUGGUGGAGAGUGAGCUUACGGAUUAUUUCCUGCAGUUUGGAGAGCUGGAGAGCGUGGCUUUUCAACCAGGCCGCAGUUACGCCUUUAUCAACUUCGACAGAGACCAUGACGCCAUCGCGGCAAUGAAAGCCCUCCAGGGAUUCCCUGUCGCUGGCAAUCCGCUUAGGAUUGAGUUUGCCAAGGCGGAUAAGUCAUCAGCACCUCGCACUGAAGAUCACGUACGUCAUGAUGAACCACGAUCCAGUGUAAGAGCAUCUCCGUUCUCUCAAAAGGAUUCUAGAGCACGCCAUGCUAGUCCUGAUCAUUUAAACACAGAAAAAUCCAGAAUGAGUGAUAGAAGUUCAGAAGCUAGUGAGGUCCUGUGGAUAGGUUUUCCAGCUUUAUUGAAGGUGGAUGAAGUGAUCUUGCGGAAGGCUUUCUCCCCAUUUGGUGAAAUAGAGAAGAUUACUGUAUUCCCUGGUCGUAGUUAUGCAUUUGUUCGUUUCCGGAGUAUAACAUCUGCUUACAGGGCAAAAGAAACUCUUCAGGGUAAAUUGUUUGGAAAUCCCCGUGUGCAUAUUUGUUUUGCAAAGAGUGAUGCUGGUUCAUCCAACAGCGGUAGGAGCUCAACAAGUGCCCCUCUCACCCCACAUCUGAAAUCAAAUGGUCGGCUGGGAUCUUCUGAUAAUUUUCAUCAUGAUAGGAAUUAUGGAAGCACUAUUGGAGAUCCUAGGAUCAGAUCUCCGAAUCUUAUUCCAGAUGUGGAUUCUAGUGAUCCAGAUGUUUAUAAUUAUAAUAGGAAGAGGUCUUUGUGGAGCGAGGAUGAUGAAAACUGGAGGUUUGGGGAAGGGGGGCCUGAACCAGGCCUACCACAAGAUGUGUACGAACGUCAUAGUAGUCCAAGAGAAAGGGUCUCUAUUGUCCAUGAUUUUCCUCAGAAGUUUCCUCAAAAGAGUCAAUUCUAUGAAGAACCAUGGGAUUUGCCAGAAGAUGCCUAUUAUCAUCAUGAAAUUAAGAAACUGAAGACUAGUGCCUUUCCUCCUGAAAAAGAGUUGCCAGAAUAUCCGUUCUCUAAGCCAGAACAAGAGAAACAUGCUCUUCCUCGGGUAUUCUCUGAUUUUCCGCAGAAUGAAGCCUUCGAUAAAAGCUUUAAUUCUGCACCUUUUGGGUAUAAACAUAUUCCUGAUCUCCCAGUGAGUAUAGGUCUGCCUCAUAUAGAAAGAAGUGAUCAUUUGAGAGCACCUUAUGAUAAUUUGCAGAUCGGAUCUGUCUCCAUGCCAUCAAAUACUGUUGAGAGGAAAAGUUUUACCCCGGAGUUGGAUCAGGCAUCCAUGAAUGACUGGAAAUGGGAAGGCACUAUAGCAAAGGGAGGCACUCCAGUUUGUCGUGCUCGCUGCUUUCCUGUGGCUGUGGGAAAAGCCUUGGACAUCAUGCUGCCUGAAUUCCUGGAUUGCACAGCAAGAACUGGUUUAGACAUGCUGGCCAAACAUUAUUAUCAAGCCUCUAGUGCUUGGGUUGUUUUCUUUGUCCCAGAAAGUGAUGCUGAUAUAGGAUUUUAUAAUGAAUUUAUGCACUAUCUGGGGGAGAAGCAGCGAGCAGCAGUUGCUAAAUUAGAUGAGAGAACAACAUUGUUCCUGGUACCUCCAUCAGAUUUUUCAGAGAAGGUGCUGAAAGUUCCUGGUAAGCUGAGCAUCUCCGGUGUUGUUUUGAGACUAGAGCACCCUGGUUCUAGUUUUGGGUCUCUUCCCCAACCAAAUGAUUACAGAGAUGGAAACUUGUUAGCUUACCAUGGGGAUACAUCUAACACAAAGGCUUCCGCACCUCCUGGGUCUUUUCCUCCGAUUCCUGAUCUGAUUAAGGCAGGAAUUAAUGAUCUAUCUUUUGUUGGGAAUCUGACUGCGCCAGCUCCAUCAGCAUCAUUUUCGGGCUCACUGAAUGCUAUAAGGAAUCUGACCGACUCAUAUGUCGAUAACAGACAUGAUCACCCACCUCUCCAACGAUUAGGACCAAACUGGUCUCCUCAGGAUCCACGGAACUCAAUUUCUAGUGCUAGAAGCUUACCAUCACAGGUAUCCAAUAAUGCUGUUGAUCUUCCUUUUCACUCGGGCAAUCCUAGGGUUGUUCAAGAAAUGAACUCUGGUCACAAUGGCAGUGUGAUUUCUGGGAUUCCACUAUCUGGCCCCAGCAAGUCAUCUAUCGAUGAAACUAAACACUCGAUUCCUCCCUUAUCUCUGCCUAUCUCUGGUUUGCAACCAGAACAGCUUGCACAACUGGCGUCAUCUCUUCUGGGACAGUCCAGGCAGGUGGGGAGCACUCCAAAUGUAUCUAUGGGGGAGGAACUUAAGCAGAUGAACAGAAUGAGCCAGUCUGACAAUCUAUAUAAACCACAAGACAGGUAUUCUUUCCAAAGCAAUCAGGUGACUCCUGAGUUCUUAGCAUCCCAGUUUAGCCAGGUGCAACACCUGCAGCUGCAGCAACAGCUACUGCUACAGCAGCAGCAGCAGCAGCAGCAGCAACAACAUGUAUCAAAUGUUCCUGCAACAAUGCUGCCUCCGGGUAAAAGGGAUCACCAGUCAUUGUCUUCAGGAAAUCAACAGCCGCAAAGUAGUGGUACACAAGAGGAAACAGAUUCUGAUCCACAGAAACGGUUGCAAGCAACAUUACAACUGGCGGCAGCUCUUCUGCAACAAAUUCAACAAGGAAAAGGAACUUGAACUGCAGCAGAUUAAUUUUCCAUGCGGUGGUCUAGUAGAUUACUUUGUGAAAAGUUGACAAGUGAAAUGAAGAUGACUUUUGUGUUUUGGAUGGAUGACUCUACUAUGCAAUUUUAUAUCUUUUGAUGAAUCACAGAUGGUUUCCACA